AUGGCGUCUCAGGACUCACCCAGCCAGAAGGCACAUUACUCACCCCCGUGGAACAAUGUCACCAUUAUCGGCAUUGCAGGCAGCUCCGGCUCCGGAAAAUCCAGCCUGUCACGAGCGAUCCUCUCCGCACUGAACCUGCCAUGGGUGGCUAUAGUCGGCCUCGAUUCCUUUUACAAGCCUCUGAACGAAGAGGACCAUGCCAAGGCUCAUAGAAAUGAGCUAGAUUUAGAUGCUCCAGAAGCGAUCGACUUUGAUCUUCUGGUUGAGCUGCUCCAGGACCUGAAACAUGGACGGCGGGCAGAAAUCCCAAUAUAUUCCUUUAAUAACCAUCAGCGAGAAUCAAAAACCACGUCACUGUAUAGCCCUCAUGUGUUGGUCCUUGAGGGUAUCCUGGCAUUGCAUGAUCCUCGUGUUCUUGAGUUACUUGAUAUGAAGAUAUUUUGCGAAGCGGACGCCGAUACCUGCUUAUCUCGAAGAUUGCUUCGAGAUAUUGCAGAACGAGGAAGAGAUGCUGAGGGCUGCAUCAAGCAAUGGUUUGCCUUUGUGAAGCCAAACUUCGAGAGAUUUGUCGAACCCCAACGGAAGGUAGCAGAUAUUAUUGUACCGAGGGGUAUCGAAAAUACCGUUGCGAUCACUAUGGUGACGCAAUAUAUCGAAAGGAAACUGAUCGAGAAGUCCAAGGCACACAGGGCGGAGUUGAAAAAGCUCGGGUCUAACUGCGAGAAUGAGCCGUUAGCAAGCAGUGUUGCAGUUUUGGAACAAACAUCUCAGCUGAAAGGAAUCAGCACCAUCAUCCAGGAUAUGGAUACAUCGCCUGAGGACUUCAUUUUCUACUUUGACCGCAUCGCCACCCUGUUGAUUGAGCACGCGCUAAAUAACACUAAUUUCGGAGUAAAGACGAUAGAGACGCCUACGAAGCAUGUUUACAAUGGAUACCAACGAAACGGUGAACCCAGCGCCGUGGUUAUCCUACGCGCUGGUGCUGCUUUCGAGACCGGCCUGAAGAGAGUGAUACCAGACUGCAAAACUGGCCGCAUUCUCAUCCAAUCAAACAUCAGAACUGGCGAGCCAGAGUUACACUAUCAAAAGCUUCCGAUCGGUAUCCAGACCCAGGAUUGUGUACUACUCCUGGAUCCACAGAUGUCAAGUGGCGGUGCUGCCCUGAUGUCCGUACAAGUUUUACUUGACCACGGAGUGGCGGAAGAGCGAAUUGUUUUCGUUACUUACUUUGCAGGAAAGAUGGGACUGAAUCGUCUCACGAAAGUAUUUCCACUUGUGAAAGUGGUUGUCUGCGAAAUCGUUGCGGAUUAUGAGCCGCGUUGGAUUGAGAAGCGUUACUUCCGCUGUUAA